AACGCUCAAACCGGCAAACCCUAAUCCCCAUCCCCCAGCCGACAGCCGCCGAGCAAACCGGCUCCUCCGGUCGGUCAUCCACUCAUCCUCAUCCCCUGGCCCCUGCCCAUCCGAUCCGAUCGGUCAUCCCCUACCCCUACCUGAUCGGAUCCCCUGCUCUUCCGCCGAGCACCACCAGGCAGCAGGCUGCAGCCGUCGAGCACCAGCAGGAGCACGGCCAGGAGGACGACGCCCGCAUCCUGCCUCUUCUCUGCUGCUGGAGCUUCUGCUGCCAGGAGCACGGCCAGAAGGACGACGCCCCUGCUGCUGCCGGUGAGCGGUGAUCUGCUGCGCCCCCAUCCUGCCUCUUCUCCUCCCUCUCGGCCUCGCCUCGAUCUGCUGCUGUGCGGUCCGCUCGCCGUACCCUUCUUCUGCUUGAGCAGCCUGAGGUCCUGAGCGGCGUGCGGCGCUUCUCCAAAUCUCCCCUCCUCUCGACUCACGUUCCUGCGUUCGAAACCCUAAUUCCGUCCGAGGCGGCAGCGGCGGACCGGCAGCUCCCCGCUCGGCUUGUAUUGGGCGGCUGUCGCGCUGCAGCAGCAGGGGCAUCGUCGCGCUCGCACCAACCGAAGACGGCGUCGGCCUCCACGCGGCACCGACGACCGACCCACAGUCCCAAGUCCAACGAGGAGGCCGGAGCGCUGAACAGCCGUCUACAUCCUCCUCCCGAAGGUUGCUCUUCUAUGGAGACUUCCAAAGAACAGGCUUCCAAGGACUAUGCUGGUUUCGAGAAGAAAGUUAAGAGGACAAUAUAUAUUGACCACCUUUCUCCUCAAGUAAAGGAAUCGGCCAUCAAAGCUGCUCUUGCACAAUGUGCAAAUGUUGUCCAUGUGGAGUUCAUCGUCAAUUACACGAUCCCAUAUAAAGAUAUUGCUUCUGCUGCAUUGGUGGAAUUGGAUGAUGACGUGCAGGCUAAGGCUGCUGUAGAAUUGAUGAAUGAUUUCCCGUUCAUAAUUGGGGGAAUGCCAAGGCCUGUAAAAGCUAUCCAUGCCAAGGCUGAGAUGUUUCGUGAUCGCCCUCCUUGCCCUGGCCUUCGAAAAGAUUUCUGCUGGGUAAAACAAGGAGAUAAGGACUAUGAAGCGAUGCAGAAAUUGAAAAACCUUGCAAAGAGGCAGGAAUCUGAGAACAUGGCCCUCAUACAGAAAAUCUUGAAAGAUGAGAAGGAACUGGCGACUCGGCAGCAGGAGGUGCUUGAUGGAAACUGCAAGAAGUACGACAUGCUGGAAGCUCUAGUGCAGAAGGGAGACAUCACUAACCUUGCUCAACAAUACGGAGUGAACUUGAACGACUGAUGAGUCAUUCGUGUCUUUUUCCCCCUUCCCCUUGGAGCGAUGGCGCAACUGGUGUGAUGAUGAUGGAAUAGGAUAGCAUGCCAUAGUUUUGGUCCGGUAUCUGGACCCUCCCUCUGGUGUAAAGACUAUCCCAACUUAGGCUUGGGCUUUUCAGCCUUCUUUGGCUCUCCAAAAAAUCUAAAUUAGCUGGCUCUGAGCCUCUGACUUUCUGAUCGAUCCAAGCUAGCUGGCUAGCUACAGGUUGUGUAUAUGAAUCUUGCAGGGGUGCUGACGACGUUGCAGGAAGGGUGUAGUGGCCCAAGGAAGAAGAGCAGCGGCAGAGGAGGAGGCCGACCACGACGACAAGGAGCAUGAGUCGGUGGUGGGGUCGGUGGGAUUCUUCUCCAACCUGGAAGAACUGCUGGUGUUCAACCCCAGGGCCAUUCUGUCCUGCUUUGUUGUCGUCCACAAGGCCUAGCUUGAGCUGAACUAGUAGUAGUGUAUGGCUACAUGUAAGGAUGUAAUAUGGUUUGAAAAAUAUUCGUCCGGAUCCGGAUUCGAAGAUGGUGAACAAUGAUUUGGAUGGAAUUUUUGGAUAUCCGAAUUUUUUUGGAUAUUGAAUCACACGAGAAAUCACUUUAAG